AUGGUAAUGGUACUAGGAACAGAGAAGCAUGUUGUUGAUAAUGGAUGGAGUCCUAUAGGGGCCCCACUAAAUGUACAGAGAGAUGAACAACAACAACAUUGGACUAACAACAACAAUAAUAGUUUCGAUAGUUCGGUUAAUGCUGUCUCUUUUGGUUUUGUUGCUACUGCAAUUCUUAUUUCCAUGUUCUUACUCAUGGCUAUUUUUGAGAGGUUUCUAGCUCCUUCCUCACAAGCUUUGUUUCCUAACCGUCGCCGGAGCCGUCGCGCCGUUGAGUCUCCGAUGAGGAAACUCAGCCACCCAUCACCAAAAAUGAGUAUUUUUACUAGCUGGGUUUCAGUUCUAAUGCCUGGAGAUGAGAUUCCUACUUUCAUUGCUCAUCCCGCGCCAGUACCGUGUCGUCCGGAACGAAUUUCAUGGCCUUCUCAUCAUCAUACAGCACUGUCUUGUUCAUCUUCCAAUGUCAUGGCUAAUAUCAACCAAGUAUGA